AUGCGCAGUAUUGAGAUGAAUCUGAAGGGAGACUUGCCUCGACUGCAAGAGCAGUAUGGCAGUAGACACAACGGGAGACCUACAGCCACGUACAUGUGUGACCACAUUGGCCUACGACGGAUCAAAGCAGGCGCCAAUAGUGGACUUUGGCAGCGCCCAGGCAAAUUCGUCAAGGAGGUUUUUCUGCCACAAGGCUACCCUGACACAGUGAGCAGUGACUACCUACACUACCAGCUGUGGGACACGCUCCAGGCGUUCUGUUCGUCCAUAACGACAAUGCUGGCGACUCUGGCGGUAUUGAAGGGGGUGGGGGUAGGGGACGAUACUGCCACGCCUCUUGCUGCCACCAUCACCUGGAUGUUCAGAGAAGGCCACAUAACUGAUCAUGCUACUUUCUCCUAUAUACCUGCAGAUGGAGCCGGGAUGAUCAGUAAGAUCCUCUUUGCUUGGAUGAAGGGGGUUGAUCUGGACUGCAAUGCCAAGAGGUGGAGACUAGUGGCUGAUGUUCUGAAUGAUGUGGGGAGGUUCCUUGAAUUAGUGGCUCCUUCCCUCCCACACUUGUUCCUCCCCCUGGUUUGCCUGGCCUCCGUGUCAACCGCCAUAGUGGGCACCGCUGGCAUGGCGACGCGAGCUGCUCUGGUCCAACACCAGGCUCGCCGGAACAACAUGGCCGACGUUGCUGCCAAAGACAACAGUCAGGAGACGGUGGUGAACCUGCUGGGGCUGCUUGUCAACCUCUGGGUGUCUUCACUUGUUGCUGAGAGUCAGUUUCUGGUGUGGGCUCUGUUCACUGUGUUCACAGUCCUUCACCUGUGGGCCAACUACAUGGCAGUGUCUGUGGUCUGCAUGGAGACCUUCAACCAGAACAGACUCCAUAUAAUGAUGGAGCACUAUCUGUCUACUGGGGUGGUACUGGAUCCAGCCACUGUCAACACCAGAGAACCUAUCAUUGCCAGGUCUACCAGGAUACUAUCAUACAGACUGGGAGCCAACGCGUCUUCUGUAGUCACCAGUUCUGCAGAGUUCAGAGCGGCAGUAGCCAGAGACAGAGACGGCCACAAACACAUUCUCAAGUACCUGCCAUCACAGAGAAUAGUUCUUGUGGCUCUGAAUGUUGCCAGCUCCACUGUGGACCAGCUACAAGCAGCUCUAUCUAUAGAGGUUCUUGACUACAUUUUGUCAGGGCACUCUUCAUCAAGCAGUCCGGUCUUGGCGCAGUUCAGUCAAGACAUUACAUCUCUACUACGAGGAGGCAAGGGAGAUGAACUUCCCACCCACGUGGAUGACAAAGUCUGUUCAUGCCUGUUUCCCUCCCUACUCCCUGCCCUCUCCCUCGCUGGUUGGGACACCUCUCAUCUUCUCCUAGCCACCAGUGAACCACGCUAUUCAUGGACUCAGGACUCAUGAAUAUUAUUAUGGUGACCUGCACGUGACAGUUAUAAAUAUUAUACAUAUUGGGUUUUCACACAGAAUCAAUGUGCAUGUAUUGAUAGAGAGCUGGUACCGAGUCCCCAUUGUUUCCUAGAUACCUGAGAGCCGGUGGUCAAGUUCUGCAAUUCUCUAAUCGAGUUCUGCAUGUCUUUUCUCUCUCCCUCCUCUCACCCUCUAUUGACAGCAGUCGUACAGUGUCACUGUAUCCUUUGGACAGACAGAUAUUAGAGUGGUAUCUCCGGUGUAGCUCUCUCGCCACGACCUCUAGAACCUCGUCCACGUUCUCCCCAGUCUUGGCCGACACGUAGAGCCACAGCCUGGAGCCUAGUCCUGCACAGAACACCUCCACCCUCUGCUCCGUGAUGUAAGGGUCCCUCUUCAAAUCACUCUUGCUCCCCACCACCACCCAUACAAAGUCACGUCCCACGAACGACUGCGCGUUCUGCACCUCCAGUUCCAUCUUGUAGAACGACACCGCGUCGUCCACGCUGAACAUGAGCACCGCAGCGUGUGCGUUUCUAUAAAAGUUGGACGUGAGGCUCCGGAAUCUCUCUCCACCGGCGGUGUCGUACAGCACCAUCUUGAUGGAGGUAUCCUCGUCGCUGGAGCUACUGCUGGGGACUGGCACGUCCUUGACGUAAUAGUCCACGGCACAGCAGGACGCCCUGGUCGGCGAGAACACUCCGUCGCGUACUCUUAGAAAGAAUGCGGUCUUUCCGACGCCCGCCGUUCCCAGCAGAAUGACCUUAUGUUGAGGCGAGGCUGCGUGCCGGGGCUGCUCCGUGUGCCAGGUAGAUAUCUGGUAUCCUAGCCGGACUGCGUUGCCGCCUGGUUCAGACAUCUUCCAUUCCCAGCUACGAG